AUGCCGAGGCCCAAACGAGCGCGUCGCGCGCCACCCGCCCCAGUCGCCGUCGCGGCACCAGAGGAAAAGUUGAGCCCCGCUCCCGCUUCGGGCAGCGAUAUCUACAGCCACAGCGAUCGUGAACACUCGGUUAUUCGCAAAGAGCUCGAAAAGGAGGAUGGAGGCAGGUCGUCCCGCCUUGCGGGGCGUGCGUCUGCGCGUCUGAGCCGGAGCGCCAGUUUGCGCCAGAAGCAGGCGUUGGAGGAGUCGGUCCACGCGCGUGACGAGGCCAUGAGCAGGUUAGAGGACGAGCUCGACAUGACGUCUUCUAAGGCGAAGACGGAGAGUGAUCAGAGGCAAAAGUCCGACUCAUCGCUGGAGCUGGAGUUGAGCAGGAAGACGCGCGCGACGCCGGUACAGCACCGGAGGGACACGACAGGGCUGGAUUUGGACGACGAAAUGUUUGAGGGUCUCGACACCACGAUCGGCGACGACGACGACGAUGCUGCUGCGCCACGUUCGGACAUCUCAACGUUCAGCGUCACCUCGGCAUUCAGUGUCAGUCACUUUAGGCGCCGGGGCCGCGCGCCGAGCAUCAGCAUCAGUAGGGACGACGCGCCCAUUAGGCCAAGCAGUCGCGGCGUUGGCAGCACCCCUGGCAUCAGCUCGACUUUCAACAUCGGGCUGUUCAAGCGCCGACAGAGAGAACCGAGUAUAUUGGGUACGGCCCAAAAGGAGCGUGCGCAGCGGCCGAUCGAGCUAUCGUCCGGUCCCGACUCUGACGAUGAGGAGGCAGACGACGGUUUUGACCCCGACGCCGAGUCGACGCCUCUCCAGAAGCGGCGUAAAACACAAUCGCUGGCGGCGGAGCCUGAGUCGGACUCACAGCAGGUCCUCGCUCCAGACUCACAGCCCGCGCAGAAUGACAUGGCGCCCCAUUCAAGUACCACAUGGCGCAAACGCAAAAGUACAGAGAGUCACGCAGAGAGCGACCGACCAGGAAAGGCGUCACGGACGGAGCCCGAACCUGAGCCCGAGCCCGUGCCUGAUCUAGGGGAUGGCGAUAGCGACUCGGAGCUCUCAGACCUGCCCUCGCCAGUUCUCACGCCCACGCGGCCGUCCAUGUUCCCUCAGCCGACGACACCGAACCGGGAUGAGAUUAUGGCACCUCCUGAGAGCAGCGACUCUGAGGGCAGCGAGGGGAUUUGGCCUGACAUUCACACCCUCGCCAAGCAGCGGCGUCGUCGUGCCUCGCCGGUUACGCCGACGCGAGACGGCAACGUCUCCGACGCCUCUUCGCCGCCUUCCCUCACGCACUCCCCCAACUUCCCAGCGACGAGGAACAAGUCCCGACAGAAGAAGCAGGGCAUGUCUCCCAAGGUCACGACGGCGGAUCUCACCGGGCUGUUGCCCCGCAGACGCCACAAAAAGGCCCGAGACCCUUACGGCGUAAACGACACAGAGGAGGAAGAGGUCGACGCCUCGGAUCACGCGGAGCACGACGACGAGCUCUCCUAUGUUGACUCGCGCACUCGUUCCCGGCGUGCAAAGGCAGCGCCCCGCGACCCCGGCACGGCGAAUCGGCCGGCCUCCCGCAGCGUCAAGGCAGCCGCGUCGGCCGAAAGGCCGAGGGCGGCGACGCGCUCGUCGACGCGCACGUACAGCCGCCGUCUGUCGGACAAGGAGAACGAGGCAGAGGAAGAAACGGCAGAGGCAGAGGCAGAGGCAGACGCCGGAGCCGAGGGCGACAACUUCGCCCCCGUCCCGGAUGACGUCCCGGAGAGCCAGGACAGCAGCGAUCCGGCCCGCAGCGCCGACGAGCUGAAGAAGGCGGCGCGCAAGUUCAAAGAAGUCGACCGCUGGGAGCUCGAGUUCGAGGAGGUGACGGAGGGCUCGUCGCCGAACCGGGAUGCGCGGUGA